UCCCCUCAGCCAAAAGGGCCGGCGGAACAAUCCGCAGGGGUAAAUACUGGCUUUGCCCUGCUCAACUGAGCGAGCGCAAAAUUUGCCUAUUGCACAAUGUGCGUGUAUGUGUCACCCGAGUUGUGCGCAAUGUGGACAGGAAUGCUAGGUUUGCACAUUGACAAGUUUUUUUUUCAAGAGUCUGCCACUAGUCGCUAGAGCCUGGCCUUGACAAACAUGGCCAGGUGGCUUGCAAAUGAUUUGUUGCGCACUGUUGCGCCGCACCCUGGGCAAACAUGUUGGUUGAGCUUCAGGCGCAGAAGCGUCCUGUGAAUGUGAGCUACCUGUGGGAGAGCACCCGUGAAAAUCUUCAGCACUGGCGAGUAGAUUGGCCGGUAGACAUGCAAUCUGGGACUUCUCACAUGUUCUUUAUUUAACAUUAUAUUGGACACUGAGAAAAAAAGGAACAUACACAAUUCCAAUGUGAGCCGACUGACGUCAAACUUUCACCCAACAGGGUAAAGCACAUGUAAACACAACAUAUAUCUUCCAAUUCAUCUCAAACACUAGGUUUGGAGAAAUCCAAGAGUUCCGUUGCGAUUCUCGAAAAGGCAGGGCUUUUCGGGGAAAUUGCUUCUCCUAGAAUUUAUGCAAAAGCUAAGAAAUAGGCUGGGCUUCAUCAGUUCCCCGUAUCGUUCCUGCGCAGUGGAAACAGCGAUUUGCUCAGUCCUGCCGCUCUUGCCUUAAUUAGCUGCCCUGUCACCAUUGCUCGACUGAGCGGGUCCAGCAAAUCCCUUUCAAACAAUGCUUUGCCAGGAACAAACAGCACAGAAAUGGUAGUAGACUCGUUGUUUCUUCUUGGAGGAUGGACAAGCUUUCUUUGGCUUCUGGUGCAAAGUUUCCAGUUCUGAACUUGGCUUGCUUGGAUCGUUCCUCCCCGCAAGCAGUGAAGGAAAUUGCGUUUCGCGCAUUUUCGAAAGGCUGCUUGCGCGCAGCUGACAUACGAGUUCCGUGUCCAGCAAUAGAGACAAAGAUAGUUUCGGUUGUCUUGCACAUGCCACCGUCAAGCAUGGCCGAGUGCUUUGCAUAUCAUUCCCAGACAACAGUCGUUCUUCCUUGCAAGUCGAUUCUGGCUGCACCUGCUUGGGGAUCUAACAAUGAUAUUUUCUUGCGAUUGUCUUUCUCAGCAUCGUCCUUGCAACUAUCAACAUGAUUAUCUGGCCUCUAAAUGGCAGCAUUCAGAAAUUUCGAAUCAUAUAAACCGGUUUGUUGCAACGUCUGGAUAAGAGUGUUUCGGAAAGGUUCCGCAGAGUUUUGGAACAGUUUGAGGCAUCCCUGCACCCAGUACUUCACCAGCGAGCCUGUGUACAAAGCGAAUGCCUGAAGGUUUGCUCGUUUCUUGGCUUUCAUCAAGGUUGAUCGCCGCAAAGAGAAAGAGUGGAACCAGCCAACAGAGGGCUUGCUGCCUGACACUUCUGCAAAAGGUUGCACUGACAGGUUCGGAUCGAAUGCUGACGAAGGAUUCUGCAACGUAAGUAGAAAGGAGGUCUGGCCACAACAGCCGAACGAGCAACAUUAUUCAGGUCAUUUCAGGUAGUGCCUGUGUGCGGCGACAUAAACCAAAGUCCAAUGAUAGGAACAUCUGUCAGUCUGUCAGGCCGAUAAGCUUCGUUUGCCUGCAACAGUGUCGGCCCCAUAGGCACUUCAGCGAAGUGAGCGUCAACAUCCAUAUCUUUGCCCAGAAACAGCAACAAGAAGUGUGAUUUUCUUGGAUUCAUAGAAGUGCCAUGGGCACAUAAUUCUCAAGUUUCUGUCUUCCCUCUGCAUGAUCACCACACUGUUAGAACACAUGUCAAUGUGACGUCAGCAUAAUAAUUGUGGAUCUUGUCCAUAACACGUGUCGUAGCUCCAAGGGCCUGAUGGAAUCCCUCAUGUAAUGUUGGCGUCACGUUGCCAAGGCUGGCUGCUCCAUUCAAUCAGUGUGACAAAGGUCGAGCAAACCAUAUCUGCCAACAACUUGUAUCAUUGUAUCAGCCACAAAUUCUCUGUGUGGUCCAGUCCACAUAAAUGGAUACUAGGAGUCCACAUGAAUGGAUGUCAGAAAGCAGUAUGUCAGUAUGUAGUAGUCCCAAUUCCAAGCGAAACGUAACCCUGGAUUCGUGAAACUGAAUGAUCUAAACGAGCGAGCCAACGAUUUCUUUCAAGGCUGGCCCCAGGUUCAAUGGACUUUCCGCACUACAACCUGACAAGACUUUUGCGUGGUUGUGUCCAUAAUUCUCCCAAACAUCUGCAUCAAAAGAGAAGCACAAGCAGCAAGCACCGGAUGAUUUUGUUUGUGCGACAAAGGCGCUUGCAGCAACCCGCUUUUUCAACAACCGUGCUCCUUCUGAUAAUGGGCAUCCUUUCUUGCGAAGCUCAUCGGGCAUGACUUCUUGAUAAAUAGUGCUUCUUGAUGCUUUUGAUUCAUGAUGCACAAGGCUGGACAAACAUUCUCUUCCAACGGAUUAAAAUCUUGUGUGAGUUUGCUCAAAGGGAGACGAAGAACUGU